AUGAGUCGCAAACUUUUCGUCGGUGGGAAUUGGAAAAUGAAUGGCAAUUACGGCCAAAUCGAUGGGUUUUUUGAUACUUUGCGAAAUGCUGAUUUGGACCCUAACGCUGACAUUGUCAUCGGGAUGCCUGCCUGCUAUUUGAGAUAUGCUCAGGAACAUGCUCCAAAAGGUGUUAAAAUCGCUGCUCAAAAUUGCUACACGAAGGAGUCAGGUGCUUUCACGGGAGAAAUUAGCACCGCGAUGAUCAAAGACUGUGGUUGUGAGUGGGUUAUACUUGGACAUUCCGAGCGUCGCCACAUUUUUAAGGAGUCUAAUGAGCUGAUUGGCGAAAAAGUGAAGUUUGCGCUCGAGUCUGGUCUUAACGUCAUCCCGUGCAUAGGUGAACUCCUGGAGGAGCGUGAGGCUGGAAAGACCAACGAUGUAUGCUUCGCCCAAAUGGAGGCUAUUGAGGGUUGGGACCAUGUGGUAAUAGCCUACGAACCCGUGUGGGCCAUUGGCACCGGCAAGACUGCCACGCCAGACCAGGCACAAGAGGUGCAUAAAGUUGUUCGUGAUUGGAUCCGAGACAAGGUUGACCCGUCCAUAGCAAACAAAGUGCGAAUCCUCUACGGCGGCUCUGUGACUGCCGAAAACGCAAAGGAUCUUGGUGCCAAACCAGACGUGGAUGGAUUUCUGGUCGGGGGUGCGUCACUGAAACCAGACUUUGUGACCAUCAUUAAUGCGAGAAGAUAA